AAGGUGAAAGGUGACAAUAUCGAGACGUUUACCAAUUGUGGACGAGACUGCGGUUUUUGCGAAACUUUCCCUGAUUACCAAUAAUAGUUUUUAUAUACACAUACUUAUCUAUACGAUUUGGAUAACCAUUGAACUCUGCUUGGAUUUGGGAUUAUCGUACAGAGCAAGACUUGUUAAGCCAUGUGUACAUGUACUAUACCACAAUAAUAAUAAAUUGUAUUUAACAACGGAGCAACGUACUACCUGUGCAAAUUAUAAAGCAACGCAUUCCGAGGCUCGUGAGUUCUAAAGCAAGACACUACCACAAAUAGAUUAAGUGAAAGACAACCUUAGCACCUUAGCAGUAUUAACAAUAGUAUGGCUACUUUGGCGAUUUUGGGGGUGGUCUUUGCGUGUAUUGUAAUACUUCUGUACUUGCAUUGCAAGCAUAAAUUUAACUACUGGAAAUCAAGGGGAGUACCACAUAAGAAGCCAGCAUUUCUUUUUGGCAAUAUCCUGAAUGCCGCUCUUUCACCCUAUCCAAUUGGUCUAUACAUAUCUAAACUGUGCGGUAAAUUUGGCAACAGUCCCUACUUUGGUUUUUACAGCUUUACGCGGCCUUUUCUUAUUCUGAAAGAUCCCGACAUUAUAAAACAUAUUUUGGUGAAAGACUUUGCUGCAUUUCCUAACCGCCUCGAAGACGCGCCUUGGGAGCCAAUUCUAAACAAUACUUUAUUUGCGAUGAAAUCGCCCAAAUGGAAAGAACUGCGAACGCAGCUGACGCCGGUAUUUUCCAGCGCUAAGAUAAGGUUGAUGAUGAGUCUAAUCAUAGAGUGUGGUAAAAAUAUGGAGGAGUACUUGACAAUGAAGGUUGGAGAGAAUCUGGAAGUGAAGGAGAUUUGCAGUAAAUUUAUGGCGGAUGUAAUUUCCUCGUGCGCUUUCGGAAUCAAUGGGAACUCGUUUCAACAUGAAAAUAGUGAUCUAAGAAAACACGGAGAGAUGGUAUUGCCCAACACGAUUAUUUGUUAUUUGAAAAUGGCAGCUUAUUUCUUUACACCUGCAGCAGUCAGAUUAUUAAAGUUCUCUUUAUUCAAUAUGGAAUCGGUUCAAUUCUUUAAAUAUACAUAUAGAACUGUCAUCAAACAACGCACACAAGACGAGGUGGGAAGAAAAGAUUUAUUGGAUAUACUUAGUAAAAAUCCAUUCUUCUGUCACGAGUCAAAUGAUGAUUUGUUAAUAGCGAAUCCCAUCGUCUUUUUUAUAGCAGGUUUUGAAACUACAGGUACCGCAAUCUCUCUUGCAUUGCAUGAGUUAGGAGUAAACCCCAAUAUUCAAAGUAAACUGCGAGCAGAAAUUGCUAGCGUAAUUGGAAGACACGGCGGUUUAACAUUCGAGGCAGUUAACGAGAUGAAGUAUCUUCACAUGGUUAUUUCUGAAACCUUGCGGAAAUAUCCCGUGACACCAAUAAUACCUCGCGAGGCUACUGAAGAUUACGAAAUCAGAAAAACUGGAUUGAUUAUAGAGAAAGGUACGCAGAUUAUCAUAUCGCACGAUGCACUUCACAAAAACCCAAAGUAUUUCCCAAAUCCCGAAGUAUUCGACCCCGAACGGUUUAGUGAAUCCAAUGUUCACUCAAUAAAUAGCUACACCUACUUACCCUUCGGAAAGGGUCCACGGAACUGUAUAGGUGAAAGAUUUGCUCUUUUGACGGCAAAAGUGGGUAUAAUUUACGCACUUACCAAGUUUAUGGUGCAUACAAACUCUAAUACAACGGAGCCCAUGGAAUUUAGUCGUUCUCUCUUCCUAACGGCUAAGCAUGGAGUAAACCUGACUUUCACGAGAAUUUAAACUUUAGUUCAAUAUGGGACACAUGUGCUUUCAAUUGUUGUGUAAAAAGUGGACGAUUUCUUGAUGAAACAUGAUAAAUCAAUUCUAUUUC